ACGAUGUAUUAUUAAUGCUGAUACUAGUUUCACAAUUAGUAGAGGAGGCAUUUUUAAUAUUGAUGGAAUCCAGGGGAAACUAUUCUUACGAGCGUACUCAGGGUGCACCGUUUUUACUGGUUUGCACGAGUCAUACGGCAACUUCAAUAGAAAUAUUGACUAUUGACAUCACUAGUAAUACAACAUGA